UCGUUGUGGUCUCACAUCCAGAUGUUGCUCAGCUCUCUCCUCAGCUCUUUCUGCUCCACACUCACGACUGACUGAAGUGAACCUGAGUGACAACAACAUGGAGGACUCAGGAGUGGAUCAGCUGUGUGAGGGGCUGAUUAGUGAAAACUGCAAAUUAGAGAAACUGAACCUGUCAGAUUGUGGUGUCACCUCCAGAUGUUGCUCAGCUCUCUCCUCAGUCCUUUCAUCUCCAAACUCACGACUGACUGAACUGAACCUGAGUGGCAACAACAGCUUGCAAUAUUCAGGAGUGGAUCAGCUGUGUGAGGGGCUGAGGAGUGAAAACUGCAAAUUAGAGAAACUGAGCCUGGCUGAUUGUCGUCUCACCUCAGAUGUUGCUCAGCUCUCUCCUCAGCUCUUUCUUCUCCACACUCCCGAAUGACUGAACUGAACCUGAGCAAC